AUGAACCAUCAAGACCCGAACCAUCUCCCUCGGGAUCCCAAUGGAGUUGCAAACUCCAACCAGCAAUCUAGCCAGAUGGCCCCGCAGAUGGCCUCAGACCAAUAUAUGCAAAGCUUUGCAUCAAGACGGCCAGCAGCUGGUGGGUUGCCACAGUUCACCCUGCCCGACCGGACUGCGGUUGAGGCGACACCGAGAAUCCCUAUCCUCAAUGGCUUGGACGGUUUAAGUCCACCUGGCAGUCAGUACUCGAGCCAGAACAGUACCAGCUCUCACUCACUGAGUUCUCAAGGCGGAGUCAGUGGCCCAUACGGACAGUCAUCGUCGGCCUGGUCAAUGGCAAACCAGGCAUCUCCUUCAUACACCUAUACUCAUACUCCAUCGGCGGUAUUGACCCCUGGUGCUUCCCGCGGCGGCAUCUUGUCACAACCUCCUUCUUAUACACAACCCGCCGUUACGCAACCGCCUACACCUACAACGAUGGCACUUCCUCCCCUUCACGGACAGUGGCCUUUGCCUGGCCACUUCUCCCAACAGCAACAACAACAAAGAUCACCACAUCAGUCCAUAGGCGGAAGCCAGCUCCCGUCUCCAGGCGCCCAUCUAAGCCAGCAGCUGCCCUCUCCGGGCUCCCAUCUAUCGUUUUCAGCCGCCGGACAUUCCAUGUCCACUCUCAGCCACAGUCCGUUUUCAAACUACGGAUCCCGCGGCCAUCCGCAAAGCGGCUAUCAGUAUCCGAACGCAGUGUUAUCGAACAUGACGAAUCCUGGAGGCCAAAUGACAGUGUGUGGUGGCGUUGGAGCAUAUCACCCAGGAGCACCAUACACGCUGGGUAGUCACCAUGCUGCCAUGUACCCCCAUCCACACCAAGCAAACAACCAGACGGAUCGUCCUUACAAGUGUGAGACUUGCUCGCAGUCUUUUAAUAGGAAUCAUGACCUGAAGCGACACAAGCGAAUUCACCUUGCAGUCAAGCCGUUUCCUUGCAACUUCUGUGACAAAAGCUUCUCUCGCAAGGACGCCCUCAAGAGACAUAGACUUGUGAAGAAUUGCGAGGGCAAGGCACAAGAAAACAACAGCUCAUCACCACAGUCAGAGAUUCCGCAGUCAGAGCUCAAAACUGAAGAGAACGAGUACGAUUUCAACAGCGGCUCCCAGCCACCACAACCUCCACAUUACGCAUCGGAUGUGGCGUGA